AAAAAUCCUCAGUAUCACAACUGGUUUCACGCACAGCAGUACUGUUAGCAAGCAAAAUGGUUUUCCAAGUAAGAAUUCUAAUAUUGCUUGGAACAGUACUGUCUGCAACCACUGCCUACAGAAUUCUCAGCAUAAAUGUCAGCCCAAGUCGAUCUCAUAUAAUAGUGCAGGAAGCGCUGGUCCAGGAACUGGCUCGUCGCGGUCACCAUGUUACGAUGGUUAGUCCAUAUCCAUUACAAAAACCGUUGGAGAACUAUCGUCAAAUUACCGUCCCCAUGCCAGACUGGGGCAAAGAUGCCAUGCAAAAUCUCAUGAAGGAUCAAUCACAAUUGGCUAUGAUAAAGAAUUUUCCAAAAAUGAACUGGAUGGCAUUGGAUGCAGCAAACAAUACUAUCAACCAUCCGGAAGUGCAACGAAUAAUCAAGGAAGAAAAAUUUGAUCUAUUGGUUGUCGGACUGAUGGCCGAUUUCUUGUUAGGGGUAGCAAAUUGGUUGGGAACCCCUACCGUAGUUGUUCAUCCAAACGUUGCCAUGGAAGUCGUUAACAGUAUGGUUGGAAAUCCUAGUCCAAUAGCAACUGUGCCAAACAGUAUGCGGGGAAUGCCAAGCCCAAUGAGUUUCACCGACAGGUUAAAGAAUUCACUCAUUUGGAUCUUAGAAGGGUCAUUCGGAUGGUACAUGAUGAAAACAUCAGAGCAAUUUUACAACUCCAAUUUCCCUCGUGAUCAGUUCCCAUCGUAUGAUGAGGUUCGCAGAAACGUGUCACUGGUAUUGGUGAAUCAGCAUUUUACGAAAACCUCACCUCGUCCAUAUGUUCAAGCAAUGGUGGAAGUUGGUGGAUUGCAGAUCAAACAAACGCCAGAUCCGCUGCCAGAGGAUAUUCAGAAAUGGGUGGAUGACGCUCAUGACGGCUUUAUCUUGUUCAGUUUAGGUACCAAUCUGUUGAGUUCCACUAUUCCUAAGGAAAAACUCGAUGCGCUGAUAAGCACAUUCUCAAAAAUUAAACAACGGGUUAUUUGGAAGUGGGAUACUGAAGACAUGCCAAAUAAACCGGCAAAUGUGCUACUGCGAAAGUGGCUUCCACAGAACGACAUUCUAGCACAUAAGAAUUGUCGCCUGUUUGUGACGCACGGUGGCCUGGGAGGAGUAGCGGAAGCCCAGUUCCAUGCCGUUCCACUGGUGGGAAUCCCAUUCUUCGGCGAUCAACAGGCCAACGUGAUUAAGGUGGAUAAUGAAGGAUGGGCAAUUACCGUGCACUUCUCCGAGCUUACAGAAGCCUCAUUUUCAGAAGCUAUCAAUGAAGUUUUGAACAAUGCAAGCUACACUGAAACAGUUAAGCAGCUCUCCGAUCUGUAUCGGGACAGACCACAGUCUGCUAUGGAUACGGCAGUAUUCUGGACAGAGUAUGUAAUUCGGCACAAAGGUGCUCGUCACAUGAGAUAUCCGGGAGCUGAUCUAAAUUUUUUCCAAUCACAUCUGCUAGACGUGAUCGCUGUUCUUUGUGUUGGUGUAUUUGUGUUAGUUAAAGUCAUUAUCAUUGUCUGUAGAAUGAUGUGCGGAAAAAGACCAAAGUCUAAAUUGAAAAGGUACUGA